UAUUUAAGCUAUAAAAUCUUGCUUUUACCAUAAAUCAUCGCAGAGUAUAAUUAUAAAAUAUAGCACUUUUUGCAAUGCGCUGUAGGUACCUACAUUAAAUAUUAUACAUUAUAGGAUAUCAUAUUAAUGAAUUCUUUUACCCAUACAUGGACUCUUUAACAUAAAAUUUUUAUGUCUUUAAUAUGUAAAUAACAUCUCUAAGAUUUUAUGUUCUCAAUAUGAUGACUUUAAAUACAACUCGAGGGAAGGUGUACGUUACCUACCUUAAAGAAGGAAAAUUAAAAAGUUGUAAAUUAAACGACAAUAAACUUAAUGAGCUUCUUAAGGGACAGGCGGAAAGUUAAAGCAAGCUUUCAAAUUAACAUCAAUUAUUUUAAUGUAUUCCUUUUUAAGGACUGACAAAAAAAUGGGUUUUAAAAAUUUAUCUCCCAUUACCUUUUUUAUUUUUUUGAAGGGAAUGUGUCUUGAUGAAAAGUCUCAUGAACAUUUUAAUAAUAAUAAUUGUGUUUUAUAAUAUUUCAUUUCAUCGUCUGAUAUACAAGUCGUGCUCUUAUCCGGCGAUUCAGUGAUUACAUCUUUAUUUCAAUGCUCGCUAAGCAUUAAGUAGCCUCAAUUAUCACAGUAAGUGCACUCAGAGACUUCAGGUAUACAAUCAACCCGUCAGAACCCUACAGUAUAUUUAGUCUUUUAAAAUAUUUGAUUGAACGCUUUCACAGAGUCACGAGCUGUGAUUAUUUUAUUAAACAUUCUGAGUUAGUUUGUUGUUUAUAAUGUCACAUAUCCUAAGCGUCGUAUGUGAGUGUCACCUCUCCCUCCGCGUGUGUCUAUGUGUCGUGGAUCUCAAUGUAUUUAUGAUGCGCUCUGUUAGUACACAGUGAGUCGCGUUCACUCGCAUACAGAUGCAGUAAUUAACAAAACAAAUCGCUUACACGACACCACACCACACCACGCGGAACUGGAAAAUCAAUUUGAACGUCAAGAUUAGAGACCUUGUACAUAAACAUACAUACGUCUCACGGACUCCAUUGAAAACGUUUGAGAUAUUCAUAUUUUAUCAACAAUUUAAAAUGUGCAAUCAUUUAUUUAUGUUUUUAUAAAACACAGACCUUGAUUACUUUAAUAAUGGCGAUAAUGAUGUUUGCAAUAUUUAUUCUCUCUAUUUUUAUUCCGUCCGUAAAUUUAAACCAGGACGUGAUGAAAUCAUUGAGUUACAAGUUUGGAACGAAACUAUUCGAGUGCGGGGAAAGGACGAACUACACUCGCGCCAUGGCCCGUGACAUUCUACAUAUUUGGGAAGAGUCUUACGAUCUCAACCACGACGAGACAGGCUGUUUGGUCCUCUGUGCCAUGGUGAGGUUAGAGCUCCUAGACCAGCAGGGAAACAUGAUCGUAGAAAACACUGAGGGAUUUAUUAGAGCUAACGGCGGAGAUGACUCGAUGGUGUCGUUCCUCAUACAACUCUAUUCCAUGUGUCGCGACAAGACCUCAUCUAUCUCUAACGGAUGCAAGGCUGCUAUUGAGUUAUCCAAAUGCUUCCGAGCUGCCAUCCAACAAAUCGGCUGGGUACCAGACACGACCUCUCUCUUGGUUAUAUCGUAUGAUUAGAGGAUACGUUUUAAAAUAAUGUUUAUUAAUGUUAUUAUGUUAGGUACCUAUAUUUUCUAUGAUUGAAAGCCAUCGCUGUUUAAUAAAUAACAAGUUUAGAUUUCUUA